AUGAGUCCAACGUCGACCACAGAUAUACCGCCUUACUUCGAACUUAGCUGGGCUGUUAUCAGCACCAUAGGUCUAAACAAUGUUCUUGUCGGCUUCAUGGUCGCUGGUAUCAUAGGCAGGAUGUCUCCCAUCCUCCUAGUGCCUAUUGUUGUUUCCGCCGCGUGUGCUCUGGCUAAUGGAUUGUGCUAUAUCGCCUAUAUUGCCAAAUACCCGGUCGUCAGUACGGCGGUCGCUGCCGCGUUCGCGGGCGUCGCUUGGCUGGUUCAAGAAGCGGGACUCCCUUUCUACAGUUAUAUGAUCCUGGCUUCUGCCUUGCACAGUGCCGAACGCAUGGUCUUCCAGGCACUCUUCUGGACACUGAUGCUCCUCAGUGUAGCCCUCCGCUGCGCCGGUCUCGUUGUCGAAGUACGUUUUAUCGCGGAGCAGAAUAUCUCUGCUGACCUGUACAAAACUGUCACCCGCCGCCUUACCGUCGCCGGCUUCGUGACCAUGGCUUUGGUCGAAUGUACAAGCGCCGUAUUCUUGUUGAAGAUAUUCCGGUCGGUGCUCCGGUCCUUGCCGUCCCCGGAGAGUAGCGGCACGUUGUACCACUACCUUAUGCGCAGCACCGAGAUCCGCGUCGCGUCGCUGGCGCUGAUCGGCGUGAUGCGCGCGGUGACAUUCUCGUGGUAUGCAGUUGGGACUGGUGGUGAUGGAGGAUUGGCUGGCCAGCUUGAUCGUAUCGACAUCCUUGCUUCGCGGCUCCUGUCCGCCAACGACAGUCUGGCGAGAUGCAACCUCGGCAGUGAAAUCUCAGCACACCCCACCAUGACAACGGCGUCUAGCAACCUUUCCACCGAAUAG